AUGACCGACACCAACGUCCCGGCAGUUGAGAAAGUCUCUGGUCUUGGUCCAGAUGAUGCGAAGCCGCCGGUUGGAGCUCCUCCUCCAGAAAGACAGCCAUUUCUCGCCGUCUGUCCUCCCGCACCAGCUCACAAGAAUGAGAAAGACGACGCCGGACUCACGGACAAGCCGGUUGACAAGCCGGGCGAAAAAUUGGUCCAGCCGGCCGGAGAGAACAAGAUAAACGGUGGCACCGGCCAUGGUUCUACUCUCCCAAAGCCUGUCGAGGUUAUGUCUGUUCCAGAGACGCCUGUCAAUGGAUCGACACCCGCUGGAGGAACGCCCCGACCAGAGCUCACAAUCUCGGAGGACCCAGCACCGCCAGCACCCGAGCCUCCCAGUGAGCCGAUCAUCGAACCCGUCGAGAUGACGGGAGUUGAGAAACCAAAGCCCACCCCUGGGACUUCUGUGCCUGACGAGAAGCAUACUCCUUCUUCUUCGGAUGUGCCUGCACCUCGUGAAGAGCCGGUGCAACAGUCAUCAGUCGCCAAGGCUCCCGAGCCGCCCAUGAAUGAUUCUCCUGCCAGUGGAGCCAUGGAUGUCGACAAGCCUGAGGAGAAGCAGCCCGCGCCAGUGACGCACACUGGGCCCGAAUCAGAGCCUGUUCCUGCCCCGGCCCCUGCCCCAGCGGAACUUCCAGACGCGCCCCCCAUCACCACUGCCGAGCAGCCUGCGCCUAUCCCAACCGCUGGGCCUAACGACAAUGCUGUCGGCGGGAAACGCAAGCUUGACAAUGUCGUUCCGCCAGUCGAUGGCUCAUCCGCGACAGCCAAGCCUCCUACCCAAGAUCCAGCUGCUUCGGAUCCUCUUCCACUGGAGAAGAAGCCAAAGCUCGAUAAAGACGCAGCCGCCAAUGGACAGGCAGCUAAAGCCGCCACAGCAUCAGAUCCUGCUUCUAAUGCUGACCCAGCCUCUGAGCCAGCACCGGCGCAAACCGCCAAAGAACCCCCCCAAACGUUCCCCAAGAAUGGUAAACCAAAGAAGGAGAAGAAGCUUCCACCCGUGGGCAGAACGGCACGCAAAACCAGAAGCCAGGGGCCGGCGGACGCUUAA